AAAGAAAAGGAAAUAAAAAGAUUUUCCAAUUUUUUUUAUUUUACAAAAUUAACCUCCGAUUAGUGAAAUUGACAAAUCAUUAUUCUCUAGAAACCAAAACAAAAGGAAAUUACCAUUUACAACUCUCCGAGGAACCCGCAGCCAAUCAGAACACGAACAAAGAGCCCACAAACGAAACGUAAAUCACUCCAUAUGUAUAUAUACAUAUAUACAUUUAAGGGUUUGUACGUAAACCCAUCACGUCUUUAGCUGCGUUUUCUAGGGUUUAUUUUUUUGGUGGCUUUCACCAUGGAGAAGUUGCUUGGGAAAGAGGUAACCGCCGACGCCGUCGUGAUGAUGCCAAAGACUAAAAUCGUCUGCACACUCGGACCAGCCUCGAGAUCGGUUCAGAUGAUCGAGAAGCUUCUCCGAGCCGGCAUGAACGUCGCCCGGUUCAAUUUCUCACACGGUUCUCACUCUUACCACCAGCAGACUCUCGACAACCUCAGAACCGCCAUGGAAAACACUGGUAUUAUCUGCGCUGUCAUGCUCGAUACCAAGGGUCCUGAGAUAAGAACCGGGUUACUGAAAGAAGGCAAACCGGUACAGCUAAACCAAGGAGAGGAUAUCACAAUCUCGACAGAUUACACCAUAGAAGGCGAUGCAGAGAUGAUCUCCAUGAGCUACAAGAAACUCGCAGAAGAUGUGAACCCCGGAGACGUGAUUCUCUGCGCCGACGGGACAAUCUCGUUCACUGUCUUGUCGUGUGACAAGAAUCAGGGUCUUGUCCGGUGCCGGUGCGAGAAUUCUGCCGUUCUGGGAGAGAGGAAGAAUGCCAAUCUUCCCGGAGUCGUGGUCGAUCUCCCAACACUGACCGAUAAAGAUAAAGAAGAUAUUCUGCAAUGGGGUGUUCCAAAUAAGAUCGAUAUGAUCGCUCUCUCCUUUGUUCGUAAAGGGUCUGACCUCGUCGAGGUCAGGAAGUUACUUGGAGAGCACGCAAAGAGCAUUAUUCUCAUGUCCAAGGUGGAGAACCAAGAAGGAGUGAUGAACUUCGACCAGAUUCUGGCGAACUCCGACGCUUUCAUGGUGGCGAGGGGCGAUCUCGGCAUGGAGAUUCCGAUCGAGAAGAUAUUUCUGGCCCAGAAAAUGAUGAUUCAGAAGGCCAACGCGCUCGGGAAACCGGUCGUCACCGCCACUCAGAUGCUCGAAUCCAUGACCAAAUCGCCCCGUCCGACCAGAGCCGAAGCCACCGACGUCGCCAACGCCGUCCUCGACGGAACCGACUGCGUCAUGCUCUCCGGAGAGACCGCCGCUGGAGCCCACCCCGAGACUGCGGUUCGUACAAUGGCCAGGAUCUGUACAGAGGCCGAGAAAUUCGUUGAUUACGGCGAUCUCUACAAGAAGACCCUAAAAAUCGCCCCUUUCCCUUUGAGCCCAAUCGAAUCCCUAGCCGCAUCCGCCGUCUCGACGGCGCAAAGCCUCCGCGCGUCGGCGAUCGUGGUCCUGACCAAGGGCGGAUCCACGGCGGAGCUCGUAGCUAAGUACCGACCAAGCAUCCCGAUUCUUUCAGUGAUCGUACCGGAGAUAUCGAGGACGGAAGAUUUCGAGUGGUCGUGCCGGGAAGACGCGGUUCACGUGGCGAGGCGUGGCCUGAUUUUCCGGGGAAUAAUUCCGGUUAUGGCGACGGGAUCAUCGGCGAGGGCUUCGAACAAGGACGCGACGGAUGAGACGAUCAGGUUCGCCGUCGAUUUCGCGAAGAGGAAAGGAAUCUGUAAGGCCGAAGAUUCUGUCGUCGCGUUGCAUAAGAUCGAUGGUUCCUCUGUUGUGAAGGUACUCAGCGUGGAGUGAAGAGCUUUUUUCUGGGGCGGAUUUGGGGUUUUUUUGUUCUUUCGGGGUCAAAACGAAAGUUUAGGAGUUUUGCUUUUUUUACCUUAGAGUUUGCACGUCUUAAUUGAGUUUUAUAAUCU